AUGGAUGCUAUUCUGAAGUGCACAGAAGAGUCUAUGGGGCAAGAUUAUUACACCCUGUUAGGAUGUGAUGAGCUGUCUACGGUUGAACAAAUUAUUGCGGAAUAUAAAGUCAGAGCUCUUGAAUGCCAUCCAGACAAACACCCAGGAAACCAGAAAGCAGUUGAAGAGUUUCAAAAACUCCAGCAAGCCAAAGACACCUUAACAAAUGACGAAAGUCGUGCUCAUUACGAUUACUGGAGACGCAGCAAUAUCAAGAUCCCAUUUAUGCAAUGGGCAGCUUUGCAAGAUUCUCUGAAAAUGUCAAUGCACUGGGCUGUAAAGAACAAGAAGGAAGCAAUGCUGGAGGCUCCAAACAAGCCUUCAGACGGAGCACAUGAUGACAUCUUAAUUGACGCGGAAGAAAAGAACAACCCGCUCAGCAGUGAAAACGAGGAUUACACGUUGGAGGAACCUCAGGAAAAUAUCGAUUUACUGUCACCUAAAAGUCCUGAAGGAAGUCCAGACAUGACAUACUGUCUCCUGCGCUUCCGCUGGUCGGCCGAGGCUCCAUCUGACCUUCUUCGAAAAUUCAGAAAUUAUGAAAUUUAA